ACUCCGGACAUAUGCAUCAACUAAGUUUGACUGUGUCAUCUCCAGCCACCAAUGCGAGCAUCUGAUUGAUCUCUACUCAUUGCAAUAUCUUUUCUUGGCAUGUAGCACGAAUCGUCUCAACCUUCUUCCAUCAGGAUAUGCAAUGCAGCGUGCUGUACCUGCAUGCGCCCGUCAUUGCAAUGCCUACAGAGAACUGAUACUCCUGCUAAGGUUUUUGCUCUGUAGUAAUGAUCUAGGGCCUGCUAUGGUGGUGAUCACUGUGGCUGCCAUGGCUCGUAACGUCUCAUCGAACGAUUGGCGUCGCAGUAUGCGUUUGAGCGUCAAGGCAAAUGAACAUCAUGCAGAGUUCACGCCAUCGUCGCUAUGGACUCGCCCAGAUACAUUCACUAAACUACAGGUAUAGCUAUGUCAUCAUUCGCAGCCCACGAAUCCAGUCACGACGUCUCUAUCAUGGCAUUCGCGACGGACGACUCAACGAAGCGCAACCAACGAUACGACUCCCUACGCGACACCGACGACCACUCCGAUUCGAGUACAGAGAUCGGCGAUUGGGAGGUAGAAGAAGCAGUCCAGCGAAGACGGCGGAAGAAGACAGUAUGGAGGAAGCUGAAAGGCUACAGAUGGGUACUAGACACUGCGCUUUUCCUCGUUAUCGUAGGAUUGCUGGUAGAGAAGAGAUGGCAAACACAUACAAAAAGCCACCAGUACGAGCUCGCAGGGGAUCUUACAGGCUUCGCCCCAAGGUUCUCACAACAGAUUGUGAGCUUUAAGCCCGAUCCAGUUUUCGCUCCGGAAGAUGCGAUGCAGUUUUGGAGCAAUGAGACGCAGCAUGCAUGGUUAAACAUCGUACCAGAAGGCCUGGGCUAUGUCAAUGUCGAAACUCCCUCGGAGUACUCCAACCUCCCCACCCCGAUACACGACUACCCUAAUCAUACCGUCUUCACCACAUCCGUAACGCAUCAGCUUCACUGUCUAUACACCAUAUUGGGCGCGUACAAUUCCAUGAAACUUAUGGUCGCCUCGCCAGUGUCGGCGGACCCUGUCAAGAUGCCAUGGCACAUCAAUCACUGCUUUGAAUACAUCAGACAGGCAAUAAUGUGCGCGGGAGAUGUGGCACUGGAAGGAGCUGCGACAAGUUUCCCAGGCGAUGAACACGGUGAGGAUCGAGGUGGAAGCGAUGGGUGGGAUGCGAAGCAUGUGUGCAAAGACUACGGGCAAAUAUACGAGUACUUGGAGAAGAAAACGAUCAAUCACAUGAAGUGGAUCUCGUCGGAUAAGUAAUCCACAUCAUGUCCUCGGGAAUAGCACGUGAAGACGAGUAGGUUAUGGCGCGGGCCGUUUGGACCCACGAGUGAGCCAAAGUAGCUGCGCACACAGAUGACGUGGUUAUCAACUUACAAUCAACCUUUUCAAGUCAUUAGUACACGCCGUUGUAGUAUACUUGCUCUAUUGAGCAUAUCCGUGAAGAUGAAGU